CGUCACUCCCGUGUGGUAUAAAGACAACCCACAGAUAGGUCCGGGCGCAGAACACACGGCGCUACAGUGCUGUGUGGACCGCGGACAUAUAUUGCGAUCAUAAACGGACAUACCCGUGUAUUUGUGUGUUAUUCUGGACAAAUCUAGGCUAUUGAGUCCAUCACGAAUCAGGCAGCUGAACAGUUCAGGAAUAACAUGGAGGAUAGAAGUCCUACACAGCCCGAAGUCAUGUCUGGAGCAGAGCUGAUACAGGUUGGAGGAGAAGCAGAGGAUGAGUUCGUGCAACGUGUGAUGGACCGAUAUAAACAGCUUAAGGAGGAGUUAGAGGUGAGGUUGGCUCAUUUGGAAGAGGAGAGGAAACGGGAGGAAAGAGAAGUCCAGAGUGCAGCAGAGCAAAUCAAGACCGAGACACAGAAACUCCAACAGGACACAACCUCACAGUCAGACCCUAAAGUAACGCACGCGGCAGGAUUCAUUCAGACGAUGAGUGAGGAGAUGCUGAAACAGAAGGAGAGACUCUCUGACAACAAGAUGUCAGUAAAAGAAACUUGUAGAGAAGUGAAGAUUGUCCUGCAACAAAUCACCGACUUAGUUGAGGACACGUUGCAGUCACUGAGUGAGGACGCAAAACUGAAACUGGAGUCACUGAUCAAGACCUUCUAUAAGAUGACAGCCAGCACAUGGAAAAUCAUGUUCUGUGAUCUUCUGUUGUACAAACUGGGAGAAGUGCUGGAUUCAUUGAAGUCUGAUUCCUACAACAUCUCCCUCAGCAGAGGUAGACUCAAGUAUGCAUUUAAGAUGGCGUCGAUGUUGGCCCUGUGGUUGUCUCACGAUGUUGAGAGCAACCCUGGGCCAGAGUUUAACCCUAGAACAUGCAUCGAAAUGCUGGUUCGUCGGUUUUCAGAAACUCUCAGAAAACACCUCAAAAUUGGUAAAACUAUCUGGUCCGACGAAGUUGCCAAUGCAGCUUACAAUGCCGGAUUUUCAAACAACUUUCGUUGGAAAAAUCCGUCAGGAAAGAACAAGGACAGCCUCUCAGAUCUGAUAGAGAGGGCUAAGGAACUUGGAAGAGUUCUGACAGAAAGGAACUGUCUCCCCACAGACUUGGCACCUUUCGCUGUUAAUCUUGACCACCAAGAAACUCAGGACAGACUACGGCAGCACCUCAAGACAGAGAACUACAGGGCUGCUGUAGAUGCUCUAAUGUGUGAACCAGACUUCACCUCCUCGACCACUGAAGCCAUUCGUCGCUUGACACAGCUGGUACAGGAGAAAAUGUCAAAUGUAACACGUCAUCACACAGCAAGGCCUCCAUCAGUCACAACAACACAUUCCGAGUUUGGCCAACUAGCAGACUCCCAAUCUGUAACCAACACAGUCUGUGAAACCAACCCCAUCAUUUCUAACAUAGUGACACGUCAUCAAAGCAAGAGAAGACAAAGAAAGAAAAACAAGAACCCCAAAACAAAGCAGAUCAGUAAUGUAACUGCUUCAGAGCUGUGCACAGCUACUGGAAUACCUUGUCAUGGCAUGUUAACAGGUGGAACAACGGUAGAGGGGGCAGAGACAGACAGUUCCCCAGGGGGACUAUCUAACAGUCACUGUACACUGUCAACCCGCACACCAGACACAACAGACACGCCACAUCAGGAUCAGGACAUCAUGGAAGCAGAGACUACGGGAAAUAGUGACUUUGUACGAAUGACGUCAGAUAAUAUCCGAGAAAAUGAAAUGAAAUCCACGCCAUGUACGUCAGGAACUGAUUCGUCACAUGCCUCGGUAGCUGAGCAUGGUAUGAUGUCAGACAGUAAUUCCUUUGAUGAAACUAAGGUCAACAAUGACUCGGAAGAACCAAAUCAGGAAGGACAGAGGAAUAUCGACUUGGUGUCGCCAUCUCCCAGAAAUGGUGUUGUUGAAAUGCCAGGUGAUAUACUAGGACACAUCAGUCUCACACCAGAUACAUCCGAUGAUACUUUUUACGCAGGCUUAGCAUCUGUUCUCUUCAAUUUCAUGCAAGGCGAUGAUGCAAAUACAGCAGUCACUGACACUGAAAUGAAUGAUGUCCCGCUCCAGACAGAUACAGCUGAUUGUGCGUUACCAGCAAACAUUGGGAAUAAUCCCUUCUAUGUGAUGACAGGUGAUGAUAGGAAUACGACAUCCAGUGACGCAUCAAAUCCUGAUAACUCCCCUGAUGAUGAGACACAACAGGAUGCUGCAGAUGAGGGUUGUGUAGAUGAAGAAACUGAUACAUCUCAACCCUCACAUGAAGCGGCUGUACCCACUGAGAACAACCAGUUGGAUCAACCGAAUACAGCAACUGACAGAUGUCAAGAUCAAAAUGAAGAUGCGUCAAGAGAAGAGAGAACGGAGCGACACGAAUCACAAUCAGUCGCGGGUCUUGGUGCAAAUAGACGAAACAUCAAAUCGACAGACACUGGGACAGACAACGAGAUGCGUGUGAUAACAGCUGGGACAGACACCGAGAUGCGUGUGAUAACAGCUGGGACAGACAACGAGAUGCGUGUGAUAACAGCUGGGACAGACACCGGGAUGUGUGUGAUAACAGCUGCGACAGACACCGAGAUGCGUGUGAUAACAGCUGGGACAGACACCGAUAUGUGUGUGAUAACAGCUGGGACAAGCACACAUGUGUCUGAGAUUCAACCACAGGCAGAUGAAAGGAAAUCAGCUGAGGAAAACGAAUACAUAACCAAAUCUGAGUUUCAAGCAAUCCUUUCCCAACAGUAUGUGAGAAACAGUAGAUUUGAAAGACGAUUACAGGAACUUGAAGCAUAUAGAGCUGAUUUGACCCUGAACAAACAGGUUCACCUUGGCGAGUCAGACACUUCACUGGGGAGUAUCAGUGCCAGUGGGGGAGUGACAGAAGAAGCAGGAAGACGCAAACGGAAACUACGCAAUCAGCAUCCCCCAACUAAGAAAAAACGACAAUAGGACAUCUCAUGUGGAGUGAAUGUGUUGCAAUAAAGAAACACCCUGUGACAAAGUGUAUGUGACGUCUUCUAGAUUGUUCUUUUAAGAUCAUAUUUACAUUAUGGGGUGCUUGACGAAAGGAGACAAAUCCACUGAAACAAGAAAACAGAUUUCAGAAAUGGAACCUUUAUUUUGAUCCUUCGUUAUUUGUAGUCAAUUUAAUGUUUUGUUCAAUAUAAAGUUACUUCAUUACUUGUAGAGUAACACGCGUCCAAUGCUGUCAAAUGUGCCAUAUUUUAGUGAUUCACCUUGCUUAACUGUUUCCAAUGAUAUUGAUUGGUAGAUGUGUCUAGGUUGACUCUUAGACAUUCACUUUCAACCUGUAAAAACGUUCUACCCUGUCCGCUUACCUCAUAAUAUCAUGUUGAGUAUUUUAUUGUAAAUAUAUGAUUAUAUAAUACACACCAAUUGGUGAAAGUGACUCUAUGUGGUAAAGACGUAUUGCAGAAGUUGGUUGGUUGGUUGUUUAACGCCGCACUCAUCAAUAUUCCAGCUAUAUGACGGCAGUCUGUAAAUAAUCUAGCCUAGACCAGACAAGCCAG